AUGUCGAAACCAGUUCUCGUCAUCAUUGGCACCGGAUGGGGCGGCUUCACCCUCACCCAGAAAGUAUCGUUGGAGAAGUACGAUGUGAAGGUCAUCUCGCCAAUUCGGACGAUCCAGUACACCCCGUUACUCGCCAGCGCCGCCUGCGGGCUCUUCAACUUCCGCCUGGCGGAGGAGCCGGUGCGGAGGAAGCACAGGACGGACCAAGACUACUACAAGGCCAUCGCCGAGGACAUCGACUUUGAGAAGCGCAUUGUGCGAUGCAAGACCGACGCGCCGACCGCUAACGAGGAUCCCACCUACUUCGAAGUCCGAUACGACAAGAUCUGCAUUGCGCCGGGAUGCGAGACCCAGGACUUUGGCACGCCGGGCGCCAAGGAGCACGCCCUCUUCUUGAAGACGACCAACGACGCGCGCCUCAUUCAGCAACGGAUCCUUCAGAUGCUGGACAAGGCAUCGCUGCCGACGACGAGCGAGCAAGACCAGCGGGACUACCUCAACAUCCGGAUCGUCGGCGGCGGCGCCAUCGGCAUCGAGGCGGCCGCCGAGCUGUGGGACCUCUGGUUCGAAGACAUGCGCUUCCUGUUCCCGCACCUGGACGGCAAGCUGAACAUCACCAUCCACGACGUCGCGCCCAAGAUCCUCUCGACGUUCGACGCCAGCCUGAGCGAGUAUGCGACGAGCUCGCUGGAGGGGAAGCACGUGAAACUCAUGACGGGGUCCAACAUCCAGAGGGUUGAGGCCGACGCGAUCUUCACCAAAGAGGACGGCCGCCUGCCGUACGGGCUGCUCAUCUGGGCCACCGGGAACAAGGUGAACCCGCUGGUCGACAGGUUAGCAGUGAAGAAACCCGAGAGCGGGCUACCCCGUAUCCUCACCGACAAGUACCUCCGGGUCCUGCGCCCGGACGGGAGCCCAAUGGACGGCGUCUACGCACUGGGGGACGCCGCCGACAUCGAGGGGGAAUCCCUGCCGACGCUGGCGGAGGUUGCGCUGCAGAAGGGCGAGUACCUCACCGUCGUCCUGAACUCGAACGGCGAGCCUGCACCGUUCAACUACAAGCAGCGGGCCCUGCUGGCGUACCUGGGCCGUCGCGAUGGCAUCAUCGGCGGCCGCAAAGAGUGGACCGGCGUAAGCGCCUGGCUGGCCUGGCGGUCGGGGAGCUUGGGGUGGACGAGGAGUUGGAGGCGGAAGAUUAUGAUAUCGAUCAGCUGGAUCUUCAUCUGGAUUGCCGGGAGAGACAUUGCGAGGCCCUAG